AGUGACGGCCUGUCGAGGACUUGCAGCUGUGUGAAUGGAUACAAACAGACUAAUGACUCCAGGAAAUGUGUUCCCAACAGUCGAUCAUCCUGUGGACAGCUGUUAGCCACCACAUCAUACAGCCCACCACCGAAAGGCCUCCGUCCCUGGAUGGUGGGGGGGCAGGUGGGCAAGAAAGGGGAGAGUCCAUGGCAGGUCGCCCAUGGGGCGACCGUGGUUCAGGGGGUGGGAAUUAAGUACAUGGAGAAACCUCAAUGUGACUAUGAGCGUCUUAAACAAGAAGGCAGUGAGGUGAUCCUGGAUGUUGUCCAAGGUUUCAAACACCCAAACUACAACACCAAGACCAUGGACAAUGAUAUUGCCCUGCUGCGCCUACAGACCCCCGCUCCCACGACUGAGUACAUCGUCCCCAUUUGUCUGCCAGGACGCGAGAUGGCCGAGCGAGUGCUCCACCUGAACGGCACUAAGACUGUUGUCUCUGGCUGGGGCAAAGAGGACAUGAACAGCACUAAGCACAGCUCAGUGCUCAACGUUAUUGAAAUCCCAUUGGUCAGCCACAGCAUCUGUACUCAGCAGAUGUUCCCCCACACGAUCUCCAACAACGUCCUCU